AUGAAAAAGCCCAGAACUGAGAGGCGCCAAGAAAACUUAGGCCGACAUUCUACCUCUCCCCAGCCACCUCGACCGUCACCUACCUCCUCCAACAGGGACCCUCCGAAACAAUACCGAUCCAAGCAUUAUGUUCCCUUCACGGAUGAACAGCGCUCUUCGUUGCCAAAGCUUGAGCCUCACGAGCUCUCCAGGAGGUUGAAGCUGCUAUGUGAUGCAGGGCAACUUGAUGCAGCCGUUUCCAUGUUGAAAAACUCUCCCCGAGACGCCCAGAACGCUCCAGUGUGGAAUACAGUCAUAUGGGAGUGUUUGAAGCAAAAGCAUUUCCAGCUAUCUUAUCAACUUUAUACAGACAUGAAGCGUCGAGGACAUAGCCCUACUACUCGGACUUACCAGACAAUGUUGGGCGGUCUUGCCCGUAUCGAAGAUUGGACGUCACAUACAAAGCAACUAAAAAAUGCGCAUUCCUUAUACGAAAGCUUUCAGCAGCACAUAACAUCGCUUCACAAAGAGAAACCAGAUAGUCCCGACAUCGCCAGCGUCCCCUUAGCAUCUUACAUGCGAAUACUGGGUGCCGCUGGUCUCUAUCAAGAGAUGUUCGAUGUCUACUAUGACCUCGACCCGAAGGGCCCAUUAACACCCGAUUAUCUCAUUUUCACGUCCAUGUUCCAGUCCCUUUCCCCACUUCGCAUUCCUUACGGAAAGAACGAAUCCUUGGCUGUCCUUCAGAAUGCUUCCAGCGCCAAACUGUUAUGGUCGCAGAUGCUGAAAGCAUCAAAGAAGCACAAGUUCACAGUGGACUCUCACCUGGUCACAGCCGCCAUAAUUGCAUUAUCUCGUGGUCGUUCUUCCGACCAAGAUCUGGCCUUCAAAAUUGUUCGCGAAUAUCUCGGGUUGGCACCAUCUGAAGAGAAUUUGACGACCGCAGGUACUCUGGCUCUUGAGCCACAGUCUUUUGCUGCGGUACUCAUGCUCUGCAGAAGCAGUGAAAAGGCUUCCCUUGCCGUCGACUUCUUCGAACAAGUUCUGAAGCGGCCCGACAAAAUAGGCGGGCCCUCCAUCAUCGAUCGCGGCCAUAUUGAGGAGUUGAUGAAGGCGCGUCAAACCAUCAAACCGUCACCAGAUAAUGCCCGAUUCGAAUACGAUCUCAUUGAAUGGCUCAUGCACCAGGAAGUACAUAGUAUCAAGACACGAGUUGCACAGGUAAGGCCUACAAUGUUGACCUAUAACCUUGCUCUUCAAGCGGCGUUCCGUACCGCCGAUUGGAACACCGCGACAAAAACAUUCGACCUAAUGACAGGGUUCCAUUGUCAUGAUUUUAUGGAUGGUGUGGAGUCGGAUUCUCCUCGGCUUGACAAGGCGCGCCCUAGGCUUCCGCCAACUGCCGAAAAUGUGUCCUUGAUGCUUCGGACCGCUUUUGCGACAGAAAAUCGCGCCAACAUGCGGCAAGCAUUGCGGAUGGUUGACUUUUUUGGGAUCAAGGAAUUGGCUUCCAAUUCAUGGCGCGAGGAUUCUUGGGAGCGUCCAAAGUCAAAAAAGGCCAUGAAAGAUCUUCAUUUCUACAGCCAGAAACUCGCUACCACUGUUGUUGAUACUCUCGAGCAUAUUAUGAGUUACAGUACCAAGGGUGAUCGAAUGGUUCCGCAUGACCGAGAGCGGUGGCUUAGGCUUAAGACGGAAGCCACAAGUUACUUGGAAGGAAAUGGAGAGCAGCCUGGGUUAUUGGCUGCAACAGAGGACAUUGCGUACGAGAGAUAUUGA